AAAUAUUGGAGAGGUAGUGUAGUUUCAAACGGACACCUGCUAAAAUCUUAUAAGAAUUCCACCCAAAAUCUACCCUCAAACCCCCCUAUUGUGAUGUGUCAGUGUGCAUGAAAAUGUGACAUAUUGCCGUGAUAUUGUAGUUCAUCUCCAGUGCCAGUGGAUUUCACGUAAUUUCCCCCGCAAGCCACAGUCAACGACUUGAGCGAGUUUUGACCACCAAGUGAAGGAAGCGUGAAUUUCAUCACACGUGACAAAGAGACAGAUUGAUAAAGACGGGUUCCAGUGCAACAUUUGUCAGUUGCGCUUUUUAAAUGAUGUUGUGAUGCCAUUUGACUCUGAAAGGCCGAGGAAAGUUGAUAGGAGAUAAGGCGAGAUAUAUCGAAGUGCCAUAUGAGAUAUUAGCAGCCAAAAAGAGGGUCGAGCGCACGACGACGAAGGCGAUGAAGAGGAGGGAAAUGUGAAUGGUGAACAGGACGCUUUUAAAACACUGUGCGUGUUUGUGUGAGUGUCUGAGAGAGAGACACUGGCUCCUUGUGAAGUGCGUAAGGACGAUGAUAUUGUGAAGAAACGAUGAUCUCACCGAAAUCCGCAAAGUCCGACUCUCCGUCCGGCGAAGUCGCCACUUCGAUGCCCCUGGAAUUGACAACGGAAACCAACUCCUCUAAUCCGCCAUCGAGUCCACCGAGUGAAUUGGCCACCAUGACCAAUGUGAAUGUGCUGGACCUGCACAAGAAUUACGUGGAGGUGCCAAAGAUUCACGAGAGUGCCAUGAAGGAUGACGGCAUGUAUGGCGCGAACUCACGUGUUUACCACCAGGAAGUCACACUGCAGGAGCACCAAACAAUCCUGCGAGAUCACCUGAUUGACGGCAUGAAGGAUGGGGCAGAGUCUAUCUUGAUAGUGGGCCCGAAUGGGGAGAGCCAGCAAAUAAUUGGGCGCCAGAUCAUAAAUGGGGAGCAUCACAUUCUCACGCGCAAUGAGAAUGGCGAUCACAUAAUAACUCGCAUCGUUAAUACUCACGCCACCCAUGCCACAUCCCCAGUCAGUCACUCGGCACAGCAUCCCGAGGGCGACACCGGCCCGGCCAUUGUGUACUCAGAUCAGCUGCCGGAAACUGUGCUCCAGUAUGCGGAUAGUCGUGAUGGGAUAAUCACAAAAGUGCAAGCCUCGGGGCUGCCCGAAGGCAUGUAUGAGGACAAUGGUGUGGCGCGUCAGGGACAGAUCAUGGAGGCGCGCGAAGAGGCUGAGGGCGAACCAACACCGGAUGCCACAACACCACCCAAUGGGGCGCCCAAUGGCGCUCUCGUGGGGGACAAGAUGUACGAGAAGCCGCAGAUUGAUCUCAUCUACGAUGACGGCAACAAGACGGUGAUCUACACCACGGCGUCCGAUCAGAAGAGUCUGGAGUUGUAUGCCGCGGCCACUGGCAACGAACUGGGACUCAUUGGGGAGCAUCAGGUGGUGGUGCAAGGAGGCAUUCAGUACGCCCAGCAACCGGGAUCGUCUACUCUGUUCGUGGUGCAAGAGAUGGACGACGGGAGUAACAUCGUCAGCACACACCAGCUAAGUAACCCCACUACUAAAAUUAACGGUCAAACCACGCCUCUGGAUGUGUCUGGCCUAUCACAAAAUGAAAUACAAGGCUUGUUGCUCGGUUCACACCCAUCAUCACAGAACAUAACCGUCAAGCGGGAACCCGAAGACUUGCGAAAAGAUCCCAAGUGCACACGCAGUAGUCAAAAGGUUCUUGUAGUGCAAUCACCAUCACCGUCGAUCCAAAUCAAAGAACAACCUCCAAGUCCUGGAAGUCCCUCUGCGGAAAAUAUGUAUGCGGCCGCUGGCGGCACGCAGAUUUACCUGCAGGGACCGUCGUCACAUCAAGGCAAUUCAGCGACAUCGGGACCAACGGUGAAUACGAAUACUCCAAGUCCUGGUCCAUACGUUUCCGAUCAGUAUGGCAUGUACACCACGAGAUUAGCUGCCGGAGGGUCCACAUUUAUAGCUGAGCCAUAUUAUCGCGAAUACUUUGCCGGAGAUGGACAGAGUUAUGUGGCAACUCGUGCCAUUUACGACUCCGAUGGGCCACCGCCGCCGCCCCCAUCACAGGUGCCCUCUUCCGUGUCGGUGACGGUGGCCGGUGGGGCGACAACGUACGAGGGACGCUUCGCGACAUCCCACACGAAGACGAGCACCCCCAUCUAUGCCAAGACCGUCACAGCGGCCGGCCUGACGGUGGACCUGCCGAGUCCGGACUCUGGGAUUGGCGCGGACGCAAUAACGCCGCGGGAUCAGAACAAUAUUCAACAGCAGUCCUUUGACUACACGGAACUCUGUCAACCUGCAUCGCUCCUGGACGGCAGUUCAGCAUCAAUUCCCGUGUCUGUGACUAGCAUCCAGCGGACGGUGCACGGCGGCCAAGGGAGUCCCACGGGCGCUGUUGGUGUGAAUCACACGCCAUCCACGAGAUCCAGACCGUGGCAUGAUUUUGGACGGCAAAAUGACGCUGACAAAGUUCAAAUACCAAAAAUAUUCUCAAAUGUUGGAUUCCGAUAUAACUUGGAGAGCCCAAUAAGUUCAUCGCAACGCCGCGAAGAUGAUCGUAUUACGUAUAUAAAUAAAGGACAAUUCUACGGGAUCACCUUGGAGUACAUUCAUGAUCCGGAGAAGCCCCUUAAGAAUCAGACUGUUAAGAGUGUGAUAAUGCUGAUGUUUCGGGAAGAGAAGAGUCCCGAUGAUGAGAUAAAGGCCUGGCAAUUUUGGCACAGUCGACAGCAUUCGGUGAAGCAGAGGAUCCUCGAUGCAGACACAAAAAAUUCUGUCGGCCUCGUUGGGUGUAUCGAAGAAGUGGCUCACAAUGCAAUUGCCGUUUACUGGAAUCCUCUGGACAGUUCAGCAAAGAUAAAUAUAGCCGUUCAGUGCCUAAGUACAGAUUUUAGUAGUCAGAAAGGUGUUAAGGGUUUGCCUUUGCAUGUACAAAUUGACACAUUCGAAGAUCCACGAGACACACAAGUCUAUCAUAGAGGUUAUUGCCAAAUAAAAGUCUUUUGUGAUAAGGGUGCUGAACGCAAGACUCGCGAUGAAGAGCGUCGUGCUGCAAAGCGGAAAAUGACAACGACAGGUCGAAAGAAGCUGGAUGAGUUGUACCAUCCGGUGACUGAUCGGUCGGAGUUCUACACAAUGCAGGACCUCAACAAGCCACCUGUUCUCUUCUCGCCCGCCGAGGACAUCGACAAGCUGUCUGGAAUGGAGCUACAGGGCUUCUAUGGCCACGAUGAUCUGACUGGAUCGCAAGAUAUCAAGGGAACUUCACCUUUUCUGCUGCACACAGCCAACAAGCCCAUCACACCCACGCUCAAAUUUCACAAUCACUUUCCACCCGAUGUGCCAACUGAGUCUAUUUCGCAUUGCAGGGACAAGAAAGAUCACAUGCUGGACAGCGGAAUGGUGCAGAACUCAAUGGGGGAGUUCGGACAGUCGGUCAAGCGACAGAGGAUGACUCCGCCGCUGUGCGAUCGUGUUAUGCUGUACGUGAGGCAGGAGAAUGAGGAUGUCUACACUCCACUUCACGUCAUCCCACCCACAACGGUGGGCCUCUUGAACGCGAUCGAAAAUAAAUACAAAAUCUCAUCGUCGAGUAUAAAUAACUUGUACAGAAAAAAUAAGAAAGGGAUUACGGCGAAAAUUGAUGAUGACAUGCUCUCAUACUACUGCAACGAGGAUAUUUUCUUGCUGGAAGUGCGCCAACUUGAGGAGGAUGUCUUUGAUAUCACAUUCUCUGAAUUGCCAAUGGCCUAAGUAGACAAGAAGCAAAUCAUAUUUGGACGCUGGAGGCCGAAAAGGAGAUGAAUUUGACUACAGAGUACAAUUUCAAGAGAUAAUUUAAUUGCCAUCUUGCCGUGAUUUCAAGUGUUUUCCAUUUUUAUUAAUAUUUUUAUUUGUAGUGGAUAAUUUGUAUAUUUAGAGUAGAUGAGUUAUGAGUUUAUGAGUAGUUAGUUAUGAGAAAAGUAUUUGGCUUAAUAUUGUAAUUUACAUGAUAAGGGCAGGAAGAUUUUGUAAUAAGAGAGAGAGAGAGAGAGAGAGAGUGAGAGAGAGAUGAAGAGGUGUUUAAUUUAUAGCUAUUCGUACAUCUUUGCAGUAAAAAUGGGUAUUUUUUGAAAUUGUAAAUAUUCUACAUAAAAAUGUAUUUUUCUCCGCAUGCGGAAAGUAUUUAUUACGAAAUUGAGGAAGUUUAGAAUAUAAAUUACAAUGAAAUGCGAUAAGUUUAUGAAACAUUGAAAAAAAGAAUCAAUCAACGUAUUUUUGCCCUCCUUUCAAUCAUCAUUGAAAUUGAUAUUGAAGAAAAAUGAUUACGUUUGUUUUUUUUUACUAAGGAUUUAUAACAAAUAGUGAAGCAAGUAUUCUAGCCACAGUUGUAAUCAGAUAUUAAGAUUUAAGUGGAAAUAUUACAAGAAAUAGAAAGGAAAACUGCCAUAAAUUGAAGUGUGUGAAGAAAGUGGACAAAUGAAUGGAAUUCCCAUAUUUUUUCAUAGAGUAAACUGACAAAAGGUAAAAGAAGAUUUUUAAAUAAAUUAUUUUUAACGAAAUAUUUAAGUACCUGAUGAAUAAAUCAAGAUGGGAAAAGUGGAGAAAGAUCAAAUGCGAGAAGAGAGUUUUCAGCGCAAGUCAGCGGAAGCAAAAUGUUGCUAAUAAAUCAACUUUUAUCAUUGAGUGCCAAUCUACAAUUAAGGAAUUACAUAUCCUUUUUAUAUUAUAGGAAUUAAUGUUUAAACUUAUGCCAAUUUAAACGAACAUAUUAUCAUUUUUUUUGUAAUUGUAAAUUCUCGAUCUCGAAACAAAGUUUUAAGUUUUCACAAUUCAAACUUUAUAAAUAACAUUUGUGGGUAAAACAGGAGGAAUUUCCAAAAUGACGGGAAAGAAAAUUGUUAGAUAUUAACUGACGUUGAUAGAUUUUUGUGAAUUCCAUAAAAUUCGUAGGUUUCUUUUUUUUCUUUCCUUAGAUUUAUAGACAACUUAUUCAUAGCGACACUUCAAUUCAUUAACAUUGUCUUUUUGUUAAUUAAUUUAGCUGUGAAUUCUGCAAUAUUAUUUUUAAUUUUGAAAAAAAUAUCCAUAACAAAUAAUUUUCCGUAUAAUCAUAAUGUGGGAUUAUAUUGAGAGUAAUUUUGUGUAUUUUUUCAUAAAUAUUAAGAUUACUUGCAUUUAAUUUUUUUAUUUACUUAAUUGAUACUUAUGGUGGAGGAUUUAUAAGUAAAGAACGAGAAAAUAUCAAUCAAUGAGGAACACUCACUUUUCUUUCUCAAAUUACUUCUACAUUCUAACUAAUUUGUAUCUUUUUUCAAGAAGCAAAGUAACUAGAUUUUCUGAAUAAUGUUUUUUUUUUAAUUUCCAAAUCAACCCCUUUUGAAUAUGGAGAAAUAAUAGUGUAAAGAGAGUAAGAAAAUCAUUGUCAAAUUAAUCUUGAUAAUUGAAAAAGUGUAGUUUUAUGGAAUUUUUAAAUUAGUUUUAGACCAAUCCAUUUACACAAUUGAAGAGAGAUAAAUAAAUA